UCGGUGCCCGGUCCCCCCCGGUGCUCGGUGCCCGGUCCCCCCCGGUGCUCGGUGCCCGGUCCCCCCCGGUGCUCGGUGCUCGGCUCCUCUUGGUACUUCGCUCAGUUUUCUCCAACUGUUUCAACCGACACUUUGAAGCUCGCAUGCAAGUAAUGGGCACGGACGCGGACGUCUUCCUUUUUGUGGUCGGCUGCCCAGAGCAGAUGUUCCCCACAUUUGUUUGUUUUGGCUGAAUGAAACGGCGAGCAUGUGUACAGCAUGGGGGAAAAGAUGAAAUGAAGAAAGAAGAGGCAGGAAGCAGCAGAAGGAAGAACACAAGAUGAAUCAUCGUGCUUCUGGUCGGCCAUUCCUCAGUUAUUCUUUGAAACAGACUGAUUGGUGAAGCUCAGCUAUGGCAGCACAGAUAGUGCUUCUAUUGCUUUUAUUCUGUAAAGGGGGAAGAAACUGCAUUUCGGUGGCCGUUGGCCUUUCAGAGGAAGAUCAGGAUUUGCGAGUAACACUUGGCGAAAGACACCAAGUGUUGGCCCAUCCAGACCCCGCGGACGUCGUGUCUGUGAGAAACCAAAAGCUGGAGAGCCAGCUGCAGAAUAAAAAGGAUGACAUGAGAACCAUGCCAAAUGUGUCCUUUAGACUAAACGACAGAGAUCCUAAUGAACUCGACUCUGAGAACAACACGGCGAGGAAAACAGCCGCGCUGAAAUCUGAACUCACCGUGAACCGCGAGGAAAGGAGCGAUUUGACUAAUGGAGUGGUUGAAGGUGUAAUUAAUGGCCGCGGCCUGGUGCCGAGUUCAGAGGAGGAGCGCUCUCUCCAGCCUCGGCUCCGUUCGGAGGCUGGUGCCGGCGACGUUCCGCCUGAGAGGACGCGGGGCCGCCGCUCUAAAUGGGUCACGGCGUCCGAAGACGACCGGUCGGGGCCUCGCCCCCGCCGCCGCAGGAGCUGGCUCUGGAACCAGUUCUUUGUGAUCGAGGAGUACAGAGGGCCCGAGCCAGUGCUCAUCGGACGGCUGCACACAGAUAUGGACAGAGGAGACGGUCACACCAAAUACAAGCUGGAGGGGGAGGGGGUGGGCUCGGUGUUUGUGAUCGACGGCAACACAGGCAACAUACACGUCACCAAGUCCCUGGACCGCGAGGAGAAGGACCAGUACCGCCUCGUCGCCACGGCCACGGACCGCGAGACCGGCCAGGCCCUGGAGCCCUCGUCCCAGUUCAUCAUCCGAGUGCAGGACAUCAACGACAACCCGCCCAUCUUCCCCAAAGAAGCCUAUGUCGCCAUGGUGCCGGAGAUGGCCAACAUUGGCACCUCCGUAAUCCAAGUCACUGCCAGAGAUGCUGAUGAUCCCACGUAUGGAAACAGCGCCCGGCUGGUGUACGCCGUCACUCAGGGCCAGGACUGCUUCUCUGUGGAUCCUCAGACAGGCGUCCUGCGGACAGCCGUACCUGAUAUGGACAGAGAGACCCGGGAUGAGUAUCUGGUCGUCCUCGAGGCCAAAGACAUGGGGGGCCAUCUGGGCGGAUUAUCAGGGACCACGACUGUCACUGUGAGGCUGAGCGAUGUUAACGACAACCCCCCUCACUUCAGGCGGAGUGCGUGGUCCUUCUCUGUGUCGGAGCUGGCGGCGCCGGGCGUGGAGGUGGGCCGCCUCACUGCCACCGACCCCGAUCUGGGAGAAAACGCGCAGCUGGAGUUCACGAUCCUGGACAACGAGGAGGCGGAAAUAUUCAAUAUCACCGGAAGAGACCGAGAGGGGAUUAUUGAGCUCAACAAGUUGCUGGAUUACGAGACCCGCAGUUCGUACACCUUCUCCGUGGAGGUUGCCAACCCUGUGGUGGACGCUCGGUUCCUGAGGAAGGGUCCCUUCAAGGACCAGGCGACGGUCCGGGUCAUGGUGCUCAAUGCAGACGAGGCGCCGCAGUUCUCCCAGGCUCAGUACCGCCUGGAUGUGUCUGAGAACUGCCCCCCUGUCUGCUCCGUGGGCCGGGUCCACGCCGUCGACCCGGACACGGGACAAAGCUCCAACAUCAGGUACUCCAUCGAUCCCCAGUCGGACCCCGAGGCUCUGUUCCGUAUCGCCUCCGACACAGGCUUCAUCAGCACAGUGAUGGAGUUGGACCGCGAGCAGGAGCAGUGGCACAAUAUCACUGUCAUCGCCACGCAGAGGGACAAUCCAAAUCUUGUGUCAAGGGUGGUGGUUGCCAUAGAGACACUAGACCAGAAUGACAAUGCGCCCGAGUUGGACAGGCAGUACACAACGUCUGUAUGUGACUCCAGUGCCCCCGGUCAGGUAGUUCAGGUUCUGCGAGCCAUCGACAGGGACCAGGGAGGGCAGGACACGCCGGUCCACUUCAGCAUCCCUCCACAGUCCAGCUCUGCACUCAAUCUCACCAUCAGGGAAACGGGAGGUGUGACAGCCAGCCUGGUGCUCCAGUCAGCCUUGGAGCCCCUGCCUGGCUUCUCCUCAUCCUUGCUCACCCUCUACGUGCCAGUCGUGCUGCGCGACGGGGCCUCGGGCCUGACCAACACUGGCACGGUCACCGUGACCAUUUGUCCUUGUCUGCGUGGGGGCAUGCAGACGGAGGACAGGGGGAGGCAGAGGGACAGGCGGUGGGAGCGACACAUGGUCUGCCUGCCCAUGCCGUCCACCUCUCCGUCUCUCAUAUUCAGCUUGGUCACCAUACUGGCCAUGCUGGCUUGUGUCACCACUCUGCUGGUGGUGUGUGCGCUCUCGCUGUCACUGCGCAAUCAGAAGCGAGACUCCCACUCCGCCUUCGAGGAGGAUGAUGUCAGGGAGAACAUCAUAUCCUACGAUGACGAGGGGGGAGGGGAAGCCGACACCGCGGCGUUUGACAUCGCGGCGCUGCAGAGCAUGCACAGGAUACAGCACAUGCACAACAGAAACAUAUGGUACACCCAGCAGAAUCCGCCGAGGGCCAGGACAUACAGCUGGAGCCGUAACCCGCGCCCGGGCCUGGACCCUCAGCAGCGGCCGGGCUCCGCUCCACUCUACGGACGCCUCUGCUACGGCAUCCACACGCUGCCUGUUCUCCGAGAUUAUCCGUCCGGGCCGCUGGAGGCGGGUCUGCAGUUAACACAGCUGACCCAGGGGCUCACCGGAGGUCGUGCUGGCAAUUCCCUUGUCAUCCAGAACCAGAGCACCUUUGAGCCUCUGCUGCACCCCCCCGAGACGAGCGCUGCUAGUUAUGAGGCAGCACACACGCUGGCGAAUAGCAACAUCACCGACAGAAAUGAAGGCGGGGAAGCAAACAUAGCUGAUACAAAAGAGAGUCCGGAUCAGGCCAAGACGGACCCAGCAGAAGCAGCGCUGACGACAGCCGACGACACUGCGAACCUGACCUACUGUGACCCGAAUGAGUCUUCGCUCCAGAGUCACGGCGGCUCCUCGUCAAACCAGCAAGAGGGCCGGCCGGGGUCGUCGCAGACGCAGAUCAGCACGGGAGCCACCAGCUGCACAAUAGAUGACAUUGAUACUGAUUCCUCCAUUCCCUCCGUCUCAGAGAGAAAUUACUCGCAUGGUGGUCAGAUUAACGCCGUAAACCCCCCCGUUUACCUGAAAGCAGACACGUACAGCAUUGUGGGCUCGCUGAAUCCCAACGCCAGAGGGGCAUGUGUGAACGGGACAGGCGGCGGCAGCGGCGGCGGGUUGUACCCGGCGGGAGUUCAACUCCUGAACAUGUGCGGACUCCAGAGAAAGGACCUGACCCCACAAACGUUGCCCUUACCCGGAGGAGUGUUUGGCAAAAACAGAGGCUGGCCGCUGGGGGCGGAGCCCGCGACAGCCGAAGCAGCCAACCUGCAGCCGCUGCGGAUGGAGGACCUCCUGAAUUUCCGCCUGGAUCAGGUCACCUUUGACCUGUCGCAGCCGCCCUACGACUCACUGCAGACUUACGAGUUCGAGGGCCGCGACUCAAGGGCCGAGUCACUGAGCUCGCUGGAGAGCGACAGGGAGAAGGACGACGGGCGGGCGGCGGGGGGGAUGGAGGAGCUGAACCAGAAGUUCCAGAGGCUGGUGGAGAUCAUACGAGAGAGGGAGAAGGAGAGGGAGGCGGAGGGCGGCGAGACGCGGGCAGCCGAGGGAGGUGAGGCUACAGAGGCCGCUCCGAAUGAGACUCAAAAACAAACAGUGGACAAAGAAAAAGGAAUACAGAGAUGGGAUUUCUAGGCUGCAAAAGAAAAGGAGAGGUUUGAAAGAGAGGAGCGCUCUCUUGACAGUGAUGGGUUUUAAACACAGCGGGAGUGGCAAAACACACCGCCUCUGACAGGACUCCUCUUGCUGUUCCCCCACUGCCAGGGAAAAUCCAUGAGACUGACAGUACAGUGAGGAUUCGAGGUGGAAUCAGUGCACAAGCAUAUAGUUUUCACCUCCACUGUGUUCAGAAAAACGCAUAUGGAUUCUGUCACUUUUCACACUCUCGUAACAGAUAUUAAUAAUGCACUCGGGCUUUCAAAGGGGAAAGUGAUGAAAAAUUCACUUUUUCUCUAAAAUAUUGAUUUCCGAGCCCUGAAAGCUGCAUUGUUUUGAAAAUGGGGCCUCGUUAAAAAUUGACUGCAAUUGUAAUAUUUAAUAUUGAUAGUUUAAUAGGGGCACGCUCACUUAAGAGUCCCCGGAAUCCGAAUGCGACGCUUGCCUCUGAAUAGGAGAGUGUUAAAACCACACAAGGGCACAGCUCGGCGGGUCCACAUGUUCACCGAGCCCCCUCCGAGGAAUCCAGCUGUGUGCGUUCGCACACCGCGGCCCUGCAGAGAAGGGUGCGACUCCAGCGAGUGGUCUCCGUAUUUAAGGGAGCAGAGUCUGCUCACUAUGCAAUUUGCACACAGAAAUGAUUCGUUUGUCACUGUUGAAGACUUGUGUACUGUUGUGAAAGAUCAGUAAACGAUGUCUAUAUGUAGAUAUGAAUCAG